GCUGCGGGUGCUGCCGCCGCCGCCGCCGCCGCUACCUGCACGGAGCUAGGAGCCCAGGACCCCAACAGGCCGAGCCCGGUGCCCGCCGCCCUGCAGCCGGUGGCCUGCCGGCGCCUAGGCAGCCGCAUCCCCCGCCCUUGCCCCAGGUCCCACUCCACCCCCAGGCGACCCGCCCCCGCCCGGAGGAGGAGCCGAGGCGAGUGGGAGGUGGAGGGAGAGGUUUGCGAGUGGGAGCGAGGCCGCGCGAGCCGCCGGCGGUUCGUAUUACCGGGGUCGGGAGGAGGGGCCGGGCCGGCGGGCUAGCGGAGGGCGGGCGGGAGGCGCGGAGGAGGCGAGGGCAGCCUGGAUAGGAGGAGGCGGGCGAGAGGCCGGGGGCUGCGAAUUUGGCGGACGAGCUCUAGUCUGCAGGGCGGGGGGCGCCCUCCCACUCCGCAGCAGUCCGCCAGGGCCGUGGCGGCCAGGCCUCACCUUCCCGCAGGCCCGGAGCCGCACGCCGCCGACGGCUUGUCCCUAGGGCCGGGGGAGCGUGAAGGUGCGGGCGCGGGGCCCGGGACGGCGCGGCCAGGUGAUGGUGGGUCCCUGUGCUUUUGAAGAAAGGGGACCCCCAGAGCAGCCGUGUCCCCGGGCUGCCCCCGUGAGGCCCUUGGACAUCAGCCUUAGGCAAGUUGGGCAGCUGUGAGAUUGCCCAUCUCCGUUAAGUGUCCUUAGGAUGCAGUGAUUGGGGACCAGGUUCUCCCUCCGGGAGGGGCACUGCCUGAGCUGGGGGACUUGGGUGCAGAGAGGGACGGAAUGAUGCUGUCCGAGCAAGCCCAGAAGUGGUUUCCAACCCACGUGCAGGUCACAGUGCUCCAAGCCAAAGGUCUUAAGCCAAAAGGCAAAAGUGGCACCAAUGACACAUACACUAUCAUUCAGCUGGGCAAGGAAAAGUACUCCACCUCCGUAGCUGAGAAAACCCUUGAGCCAGUCUGGAAGGAAGAGGCCUCCUUUGAGCUCCCCGGCUUGCUAAUGCAGGGCAAUCCAGACAAGUACAUUCUUUUCCUCGUAGUUAUGCACAGGUCCCUGGUGGGGCUGGAUAAGUUUUUAGGGCAGGUGGCAGUCAAUCUCAAUGACAUCUUUGAGGACAAACAAAGAAGGAAAACAGAGUGGUUUAGCUUAGAAUCCAAACAAGGAAAAAGAGCCAAAAACAGGGGAGAGAUAAAGGUCAAUAUUCAAUUCAUGAGGAACAACAUGACGGCAAGCAUGUUUGACUUGUCCAUGAAGGACAAGACCAGGUCUCCCUUUGCGAAACUGAAAGACAAGGUGAAAGGGAGGAAAAACGAUGGGACGUUUUCGGACACGUCUUCUGCCAUCAUUCCAAGUUCUCACCUGACUGAUGCCAAUUCUGAGUUUUCGAGCGGUGAGAUACAGAUGAAAUCCAAACCGAAAAAGCCUUUCCUUCUGGGUCCUCAGCGACUCUCCUCAGCACAUUCGAUGUCUGACUUAACCGGGACCCACGUGUCUUCCGAGAAGCUCAAGUCUGGCCCCGUCGGUCACACGCAUCUUCUCAGCCGCCAGGUGGACUCCUUUGGAGCGGUUCCAGAAAGCGGAAGCCUCAAGUCCCCGCACAGAAGAACAUUAAGCUUUGAUACUUCCAAAAUGACCCAGCCCGACAGCAGCGUGGAGGAAGGCGAGUCGUCUUUCGGGAGACAAAGUGACCCAUUUACCAAUGUGACUGCCUCAUUACCCCAGAAAUUUGCAACACUGCCAAGGAAGAAAAACCCAUUCGAAGAAAGUAGCGAACCCUGGGACAGCAACGUGACUUUAUUUUCGAAAUCCGUGGAAGCAAGAAAGGAGAACAAGAGAGAGAAAAGGGAGAAGGUGAGCCUGUUUGAGCGGGUGACGGGGAAGAAGGACAGCAGGCGGUCCGACAAACUCAACAACGGGGCGGCCGGCAGCCCCUGCGACUUGAAAUCCCCGAAUGCAUUUAGUGAGCACCGGCAGGACUAUUUUGAUUACGAGUCAACUAAUCCGUUUACAGCAAAAUUCAGGGCCUCCCAUAUAAUGCCAUCUUCAAGUUUUCCUACGAACCUGACAAGCAGUGAAGACCUCAGGAAAAUCCCGGACAGCAACCCUUUUGACGCCACGGCGGGGUACCGCAGCCUGACCUAUGAGGAGGUGCUCCAGGAGCUGGUGAAGCACAAAGAGCUCCUGCGGAGGAAGGACACCCACAUCCGGGAACUCGAGGACUACAUCGACAACCUCCUGGUGAGGGUGAUGGAGGAGACGCCCAGCAUUCUCAGAGUGCCCUACGAGCCGUCCAGGAGGGCUGGCAAAUUCUCCAACAGUUAGGAAGCCAGUUGUACCAUGCUUUAUAGUUGGGGCGUGGGGGGGGGGCAGGGAGGGAGAAGGGAAGAAAGAGAAAGAAAGCAAAGGACGGGAAAAAAAAAAAAAGAAAGACUUGUUACCGAAAGAGACUGCUACACCUCCAGGUUUCAUUACAUGCUCUUCUCCAUUGUGAAAAAUUGUUUUACCUGCAAAUACCAGCAGGGACUUAGCAAGCGUGACCUUUGAAGUGAGCUACGUCAUUUAAACUUUUAAAGUUUAAAAGUGAAAAUGGGCCAGAUUCUCGAUCAGUAAGCAGUUCCUUAGGUCUCCCUUAGGUGCUGGAACCAGCCCAUGAAUCCCCCAUGGGCCUAGGGACGUCUUCAAAGGUACAUGACCUACUCCUCAGGAAAAGAUUUCUCAUCCGCUGAGAUGUGAGAAUUGGUACUGCGGUUGGUUUCCCAGCAUCCAAUGUGUAGACAAUUCAGCUGCAGGAAUACUGCUCACGAUACACACUACUUAAAAAAAAAAAGUUCAUAUUUUAUAUACAUACAUAUGUACGUGAAUAUAAGUUCACGUAUAUUUGUGUAUAAAAUACGUGCAUAUACCUCACGUAUACAUGUGUUUUUAGGACAUUCGAAAACAACUGGUUGCCUCUAAAAUUAGGAUGCCGAUUCUCAACUUGAAAACGUGCGCGUGCUGUUGCACGCCCCCAUCACUACUACAGUGUUACGGUUCGUUCAGGAGCGGCUGCUCCCGGUCACUCUUGACGGUGUGUGUGAACCUCGGUUUCAAAAGGAGCUGCUGCUCUGGGCCACUCCUGCAUUGGAUGUUUGCUCUCCACCCAGAAGUAACGCUCCAAAGUCCUUUUUUAACUUGAUUAACGUCACAGCAGCACGGAUUUCUUGAAUUCAUUUUUUUUAUCUUAACAUUUGAGUUUCGUUGAAGCUCUCAGCGGAAGAUAAGCUAAUGCAAUUUGUUUUGUUGAGAUUCUGAAGGCCUGUAAAUCACUAGCAAAGAAAAUAUUAAGAAGUUCAAGCUGAAGAUAAUUUGGUGGGGGAGUCCGGGAUCAUCUGAUGCCUGAUAAUCCAAAGCAGUGGGCGAAACUCUGGGAAUAAAGCAUUAGGCUUGGUUUCCAGUUACGUAAACAAUAGAACAGAUGGUUGCAUUUGGGUCUUGAACCAAAAUAACAAGUUACUGAAGGAGGAUGGAGUCUGAAGAAGAGAUCUUGGCUCGCAUGGCGUUGCACAUUACUCUCCACUGACCCUUUUAAAAAAGAAUUCAUUUAUCACAAAAUUAUAUGUCGGCUUUUCUAAAUCAGUCUGCCCCCCCCCAAAAUGUUGAUUGCUUCCACGAAUUGUCUUUAUGUAUUUGUACCAUAUUAGUCUGAAAUUUAAAGUGAAGAACACUGGUUAUAAAAAUAUUACUAAUUACUACUUUUUACCUUCAACAUAUGAAAUACUUGCUUUGAAACACCGAAUCUGUCUCCUCUGAACUUAAAAUGAAAAGCAUUCCUGUGUGUGGAGACAUGUAUUUCUCAAUCUUUUAAUGAAGUACAUUUUUAUCUAAUAUGUAUCUCUACUAAGACUUCAUUGAAAGUUAAAUACAAAGCAGAUAUCAUAGUUUUGCGCAUUUUAAUGUUUUGAAUCAUAUAAUACUUGGCUAAGCUUAUAUUCAAUGUAUAAGCUAAAGUCCUUUGUUAUUUAUAUUUUCUGAGUUUUUUUAGUUUUCCUGUAAGAGCAUACAUUUUGAAAUUAUGAAAAUUUUCCCCAAGUACAGAAAUAAUUUUUUAAAAUGAAGAAAUAGAGAAGGAAAAAUAGCUUUACCAACUUUUCCUUCUUACGUAUUUCUUUAAUAAACUUCAAAAUCUGGUGUAGAGUUUUAUUUUCCCAUUUGAAGUCUUAAUAAUUAUUUUUUAAAAUGGUGCCAUUUUUAAUUAAUGUUUAUUAAAUAUUAAAAAAUUCUUAGCAUUUAUUUUUUCUGUUGUUAGUAUGAUUGAAGCUCGUUUUACACUUUUUUAAAAUACCAAAAUCCAUGUGUUUUUAUGGUAUGACAGAUUAUUUGCAGAUAUUUUAAUUUGCUUUGGCCAAAUUUGCUCUUUAUAGAAUGAAUGGAGAUGUUGGUUUUGUGUUGGGGAUAUGUUUUAUGUGAAAGAGCUCAUUAGAAAGCAUGGUUCAAGUAACUGCUAUCCUUUUUAUGAGGAAAUUCAUUUUUAAGGAGACAUUCUUUGCUUGUAUAAAAAUAGUUAAGAAUUAGAUUUCUCCAUAUGUGAGCGGAUUUAGUUAUAAGUGACCCAAUAUUUUUAUCUUUAAACCUGAAACAAGAAUUCUAUUGAAAACUCAAUCUGCAUUUAUCACUGCCUAAAAAUGUUCUAAUUGGAUGUUUAUGAAGUUUCACUCAUGACCUGGAACACAACAUAUUACAUAUAUUUUCAUAGUUUGUCAAUAUAACAAACGGAAAAACAGAAAGUGAAAAUCCGCUCUCCGGUAAACAUACCAGUAUUUCCCGUGUUUGAGCAGAAGUGCAAACAGUAGGUUUAUUUCCUAGCAUCGUAGAAGAAACGGCAGAAAGAUCACCUUAGUUUGUUUUUCCAAAAUGUAGCUUUUAAGUAUUAAUGGUGUAUUUUGUUCGUAGCUUAGAAAUGGAAAUAAAAUAUAGGUACUCAUGAAAUAAUGCACAGCACUAUAGGCGUAUAAAUGGACUUUAUUUAUGCUUAAAAAUGCACGCUCAAAAAUACUUCCACCAGUAAGAGGAUUUUAAAAAAAAAUCACAGAAUUGAUGCUUAUCUCAAGUCUAUCUUAAGUUAAUAUACUUCUGUUGAUGUAAUUAAAAUAUUUCUAUUAUUUUACAACCAGUUCCCCUCCCAGCUUUAAAACUCAGCGUUGGAAAUACUGAACAUACCGUUCUUCCACUUAAGCUUCCACCUCGUGCACUGACCCCCGGGGCCUGUCUUAGCGUUGUACAUAGAGCGACACGUCACCAUCCACGAGAAACGCUCACGUGUUGCUUUUGGCUGCUGUGUUCUGCACUGAGCCUGGUUUUGCCAUGCCCCCACGAAUGUGGUACUACCCAUAGAUUAUACAUAACCACGUCUAUUGCUUUUGGCAGUAAAUGAAGAUGUCGUCGUAAUUUUCCAGCUGUGAAAAUGUUGCCUUGUAUUUAAAAGGGUUUCGUGGCUGGAAACCUCAGUAAAACGCAGCUCAUUAGUGACAGCCCUGCUUUCCUCCCCCCUCUGCCCUCGCUCACCACCCCCCCGCCCACCACCCCCAUUAGGGUGCUUGUUCCUUCGCAAGGAGAAUGUGAAAAGAAAAGGACUGUCUUCAAUCUAUCCCGUACCUGUUACACUAGAGCUUUUAUUCGCCUCUGGAGCUUUCUAGGAAAAGCUACCUACCUUGGGUUUGUAAGCCAAGCGGAAACUUUGAUGUCCGUGUACUCCUGUGUCUCGUCGAUGUGCUAGGUGUCGCUGGGGCGUGUGGAAGUGAAGGAUGAAGCACGCUUGCUCCCUCGGCCUCUUUGAAGUGGGAGGUGAAGGAUCGCAGCGCCGCUGGCUCGUGAGGGCAGAUGUGAGGGUCUGUCAGCACACGGCUGAAAGCCCCCAUUUUCGCAGAUUUAUAACUUGCCUAAUCCACAUGCAGUUAUUGGAAGUAUUUAAUAUGCAAUAGGUAGCACCUUAACUAAUUAAUCUGCAUCUGAAGGGUUUUCUGAUGUGUUUGAUAAGUAGCGUAGCAACUCUCCAAGCAUUGAGCUAGAGUUGGUGUUUUAUUUUAUUUCUAUGCCAAAAAAACCCACUCUUACCAUGGAAUCGAAGUCUGUAACAAACGAUCCUUUGGGCCUGUUUGUCUUUGAAGCUCCCAGAUGGUUUGUAUUUCGAGGUACAAAAAAAAAAUGCUGCAGAUCUAGAAAUGUAUAUAUUUAGCAGGUAUUUGAAAGAUAUAAGCAUUAUUUAUAACUGAAGAGUAUUACACUUACUAAGUAAAAUGCUCCAGUAACUUGUAUACGUUUUUGCAGGUACAAACUCAAAAGUAUGUAAGCAUUGCAUAAUGUGACAAUUAUAUAAUUUAUGUAAUCUGAUGCAUGAAUCAGACUUUUUAUAUAAUAUAUAUUGAUUUAUUAUCGUUGAUUAAAGUGUUUAAUCUUAA